CCCCCUGAUGCUCAGUCCCAUCUGCCCACCGUUGGCCCCGUCUCGUCGCGCUCGCGCCCCUUGCUUGACCCGACGACCUGCGCGGCAAAGCCAUCGAGGAAAAAAUCUCGCCACGAGACGCGGCCCAAACGCGAGGAGGUUAUGCUCUGGGAGAACGGAUAAUUGCCUUGUAAUCCGAUCGCAGUUGGCAGAGCAACUGACGGUUCACGGCAGCAAACUCUGAACGACGACAUGCAGCAUUCCGCGGCUGCUGCCGAGGAUUUAGAUUAGAUUAGAUACCCCGUCGUCGAGCCACCACAGCCUCACACUCACACACGUCUGCGCGGCGCGGCGCGGUUCCGAUCGGUUGGUGCUUGCUAGCACCAGCAGCGUGCGGGCGAUGGACUCCGGCGGCGGCGAGGUUGUCUACAGCUGCGCGUACUUCCGGCUGUACAAGGACGGCCACGUCGACCGCGGUGGCGUCGCGGACACGGCGCCCGCCGGCUUCGACGCCGAGACCGGCGUCACCUCCAAGGACGUCGCUAUCGACGCGGCCACCGGCGUCGCCGCGAGGCUCUACCUCCCCCCAGCCGUCCAGCCGGCCACGGCCACGGCGGCGGCGGCGGCGAAGCUCCCGGUCCUCGUCUUCUUCCACGGCGGCUACUUUGUCGUCGGCUCGCCCUACCACCCGCUGUUCCACCGCUACGUCAAUUCUCUCGCCGCCGCCGCCCGCGUCGUCGCCGUCUCCGUCCGCUACCGCCUCGCGCCGGAGCACCGGCUCCCGGCGGCCUACGACGACUCCUGGGCCGCGCUCAGCUGGGUGGCGUCCGGCGCCGACCCGUGGCUGGCGGACCACGGCGACCUCGGCCGGAUCUUCCUGUCCGGAGUCAGCGCCGGCGCGAACAUCGCCCAUAACAUGGCCAUCGCCGCGGGCGUCAGCGGCCUGCGCGCCGGAACGGGAACACCGGCGCGCAUCGAAGGCGUGAUCCUGCUCCACCCUUCCUUCGCUAGUGAACAAAAGAUGGAAGGAGAGGACGAGGAGUUCUGGCAGUCUAACAAGGACAGGUGGGCGGUCAUCUUCCCCGGCGCGGACGGCGGGCUCGACGACCCCAGCAUAAACCCGAUGGCGGCCGGCGCGCCGAGCCUGGCGAAGCUGGCUGGCGAGAGGCUGCUGGUCUCCACGGCGUCGGAGGACCCGAGGGCGCCGAGGGGGCGGGCGUACUGCGACGCCGUUCGGGACAGCGGGUGGCGCGGGGAGCUCGAGUGCUUCGAGUCCCAAGGCGGGCACGGCUUCUUCGUCCCCGACCACGGCAGCCGCGAGGCGGCUAAGCUGAUGGAUCGAGUGGUUGAUUUCCUUGGUGGCCACUGAUUGGAUUUGUUUGGGCAUUUGGACCUCGGAUUUAAUUUCUACAGCUUGAUGCUACCUAUAUAAAAAUCAUGGAAGUAAAACUCAUAUGAUUUGUGCAAGCAAAACAAUGGAGCAUUGGAGCUGGGUAUGUUCCUCAUGUGCACAAUCGUGUGAGUCGGUCAUGUUAGCUUGAUCGAUUGAGUGACAACUUGUUUUGAGUUUUAGCA